AUGUUUUGGCGCUUUGGGGGAUAUGCGAGUGUCUCCACCAUCGAUACCCUGCUCGAUAAACCCGAUGUCACCCUCGAAGAACUUCUGGAUGAGCCAGAAAUCAUCCAAGAAUUGAAACAGCUUAAUACAAAACUCAUUGAAUAUCUGCGCGAGGAUCAUGUCUUGAAACGGCUUAUGGACUACGUGAUUGCGCCAAGCUUAAUCAACGAUGAUGAAGAGAAUGACGAAGACGAUUCCACCGCCCAAGAUGACUCCGAUAAAAACAAAGACGCAGAAGCACCCGCGGAGCAGGAAGAAACAAACGAGGAGAAGGAGGCCGACCCGUUGAAGGAUAUUCUUGACCCAGAGGACCUGGAGAAGAUGGAGAAAUCUCGGUUGAAGCAUUCUUAUAUUGCAUGCGAAGUUCUCUCAUCCGAGACAUGGUCCAUCCUCGAAUCCAUGAUGGCCAAUCCCUCCUACUUGCGCGACUUCUGGGGCUUCCUGCGACGGUCCCCACCUCUCGAUUCCUUGCAGGCAAGCUAUUUCACCAAAGUCAACGAGACGCUGCUUGACAAAAAGACCGAGGAAAUGCUAGUAUUCCUUAAGUCCCUCGACGGAAUUGUUGAGGCACUCUUGCAACACGUCGAUAACCCUAUGGUCAUGGAUCUUCUCUUGAAGAUCAUCAGCUUGGAGAAGGCAGAGGGUGGUCAAGGCACUGUUGACUGGCUCAAGUCUCAGAAUCUCAUUCCCACACUGUUGUCCUUCCUGUCACCGGACCGCCCGGCUUCCGUUCAAACCUCCGCAGGUGACUUCCUGAAAGCCAUCAUCACAAUUUCUGCCAAUGCAAGUCCGAAUGAUCAGUCAUGCAUUGGACCCAACAGCCUCACGCGCCAGCUUGUGUCCACCCAGUGUGUGCAGCAACUUAUUGAUGCUAUGCUCAAAGGCGGCAACCCAUUGACCGUCGGUGUGGGAAUCGUCAUUGAGGUCAUCCGCAAGAACAACUCCGAUUAUGAUCCCGAGACUAUUGGCGGACCCGACACGAUGCUAACCACGUACGAUCCAAUCUACCUCGGAACGCUUUUGCGUCUCUUCGCCAAACAUAUCCCUCAAUUCAUGGCUCUCAUCCAAAGCUCCCAGCACACCAUUCAUGACGGAACCAAGCUCAAGACUGUCGAAAGAGGCAAGUUGAGCUCCGCAUGGGGUGGUCAAAUCGAACCACUUGGUUUUGAUCGUUUCAAGACAUGUGAAUUGAUGGCCGAGUUGUUACAUUGCAGCAACAUGGGACUUCUGAAUGAACCAGGAAGCGAUGAAUAUGUUAAGCAGAGAGACGAGGAACGUGAGCGGUUGAUCCAAGAAGGGAUAUUUGAUCCCCACCACGACGAGCGUUCUGGAGUCGACUAUAAUGAUACCACAGUCGAUUUUACGAACGACUCAGCUCUCGGAUCUGGAUCUCCUGAAGAUAUCAAAAUCACGGAAGCACCACAUGUUGGCGAAGAAGAGGGAUUCGAGGAUGUUGGUGCAUCUGGUGUUCUGGCUGACGAGCAAGCCGGGGGCGAUAAGAUUCCCAGUGCAAUCUCGCAGCCAUCAGAAACGAUCACCGAGCUUCCUUCAACCACCGCCACAGAGCCGAAGCCUGAAGAUCAGUCAAACGUGCCUCAAACCUCCGAGGAACCCAACACGCCAUCAUCGCCAAGCAUCGGUCUUCCUGAUCAGGUCGACAGUAUGAAGCUCGGAAAUGAGCCACCAAGCGAGUCCCAGGUUGAAGAAACCAGCAAAGAAGAGCCCAAGGCCUCUGCCCCUGGAGAUGUCCCCGCUCCUCUCUUCUCCAAUGAUACCGCGACGGACAAAUCGGAAGCUGCCGUUGGCCAGCCAGCAGAGGAGCCUGUGGCUGAGGAACAGACCGAGGAAGCAAGCGUCAUGAACGAUGGAGGAGACGAAGACUCGGCUGAACAAUAUAUCCAAUUGGACACUAAUGGGCAGCCAGUGGUUGGCGAUUAUCUGAAAAUCCAGUUCGUCGAAAACAAGGUUGUUCCGACUAUCCUGGGCUUCUUCUUCCGUUUCCCUUGGAAUAACUUCCUUCACAAUGUUGUUUACGAUGUUAUCCAGCAAGUCUUCAACGGACCUAUGGAGCGUGGCUACAAUCGUGCCCUUGCAGUGAAUGUCUUUGACACUGGUCGCAUCACCACAGCCAUCGUCGAAGGCCAGAAGCGCAGCGACGAGACCCAGAAGACCAAGCAAAUCCGUCUUGGCUACAUGGGACACCUCACACUGGUCGCCGAGGAAGUUGUAAAGUUCAGCGAGCGUCACCCGCCAGAGCUGCUUUCCCGGUCAGUCAUGGACAGUGUAUUGAAUCCAGACUGGAUUGAGUACGUGGAACGGGUCUUGUCGGAGACUCGAGAGCGAGACAACGCCAUUCUCGGCGGCGUCCGCCCGGAUAUGUCUGUGGGAUCUCGGCAGACUAGUCUCAACAACAACAACAGCUCUGGGCAGGGCUUUUCGAACUCCAACGCCCUGUCAGAUGCAGGCUUGAACGGAGGACUCGGUGGCUCGACCUUCCAGAGCUUCGACCUCAACCAAGGGAGUGUGUCCGGUGGGGCAUUUGGAGGUGGUGGCACCUCCCUCCUCAGCGGCUUUGCCAGCUCGAGUGACGACGAUGAAGACGAAGAAAUGGAGGAUCAGGACGACAGGGAUACUGGCCAUACUGAACAAGGAAACUCUGAUGAUGUGUCGACAAAUUCAGCAAGCCAGCCCAUCCCCAUCCUGCCCCCGCCUCCAGCGCCCCUGAGUCUGGGUCCGUCCCGGGCACGGCGACAAUUGGCAGCACGUCUUGCUGCUCAAAAGCAGCAAUCGUCAGUAUCUGGAGAGGGCCAGGGUGAGGACAGAGACGACAGCGAAGAUCGAGAGACUGGCUGGUCAAGCAAUCCCUUCGUGAUUGCAGGCGUCGACGAUGACGCCGAAGGAACCAACUCGGCGUUCCCCAACAGUGACUUUGGCUCCAACACCAAACACUCCCCAACCUUCCCCGAAUCCGGCUUCAGCCCCCCGGAUUCCCUUUCCACCAACUCGUCGGACGACGAAAAUGACGGCCGCCCGGAGUCCGUGCGACGCCAGGUCCGCGUUCCCCUGGAGGUUGAAGACGAAGAUGACGACGAGAUGGGUGAAAUGGUAGGACCCAGCAGCAUUGGCAUGAUGGACUCCGACGACGAGGAUGAAGCCAUCAUCAAUGAAUCCCUUGGUUACUCCAACCUGUCGGGACCCGGUCGGUAUAACAACUUCCGCCGAGCCCGAGCCGUGAGCUCUAACUACGAAGAAGAGCAGAAUGACAGCAGCGACGGAGAAGAUGAUGGGUUAGUUGAGAUCUUGGUCCCUGGUCGUAAGUCUUCGACCUCGAACUAA